AGCAGGGCUGUGUGGUUAACAGAAAGAGCACUAAGCUGGGAUACCAGAAGACCUAACUUCUUUUCCCAGCUCUGCCACUGACGAACUGUGUGGUGCUGAAUGAGUCCUUUUCUUUCUGGACUCCUCUUCAUCUGUGAAAUGGGGGAGAUGGUGGCUUGAAAAUGGACAUGCUAGAGAACCUUGAGUCCCUACAGUUUGAUUAUGGAAUUCCAGAGGAAGAUCGUUUCUGGCUGUAUUUGCAGGGCCGUUCUCGGGGAUUGAUGAUUGAGGCCUGUGCCCAUGCAUCCUUCUUCUGCAAAAUAUUGCAUAAUUUGAGAGAAUUACUACCUAAGAACAAAAGUUCCACCUCUCUCUCACGUGAAUCAUUUGAUGUGGCUGAAAAGGCAAACUUAAAGGUUGGCAUCAUUGGAGGCGGCCACCUGGGGAAGCAACUGGCUCAUACACUGCUGCAGCUUGUCCCCAUCCCUGCUGCAAGUCUGCGGAUCUCCACUCGGAGACCAGAGACCCUGGUUGAGUUCCAGAAGCUGGGGGUCCAGUGCUUUUACCAUAAUUCUAGUCUGGUGCGUUGGGCCAACGUGAUAUUCCUCUGCUGCUUGCCAUCUCAGGUGCCUCAUAUCUGCAUACAAAUUCAAACCAGUCUCGAAAAGGCCUGCAUUGUGUACAGCUUUGUAACUGCCAUCCCAAUACCCAGGUUGAAACUACUACUAAACCACACCAAUAUCUUGCGACCUCAGUAUCAUUGUGUUGAGGAUUUGGACAAGAUCUGGGGAGCCAAUAAGGAAAUCACAGCUGCUCUCCAGGAUCCUGUGAUUCUUCGGGCUACCUGCCCCUACAGUCCUAAAGGUGGAGUAAUCCUUAAUAUCAAAUGGCUGGAGGGAGUGAUCUAUGCAACCCUAAACAUGUGCACAGCAAGCAACGUGGAUUGCAGACAAGCACUGAAGCUUCUGAAUCAACUAUUUCUCUCUGUGCACUUUGAAGACUGUAGGAAACAUGAAGACUCUUGCCCCAAAUUUCAGCUACCACAUGUUGUCAGCAAAUCCUAUGUCAAGAACUUGUUGCAUAGAAGGCCUUUUCCUUGGUUUGAUCUGACUGCUGUACAACUCAAGGAAACUCCCUUUAGCCAGUAUCACUCCACCAAUACUGUUCUCCAAGACCACCUGACCUAUCUGUACUGUGAUUCAUUUGGCAUCUCUCCAAACACAGAAGAACAAUCUGUGGAUCUCAUGGGCUCUCCGUCCCAAUAAGAGACCUCAGGAAUCAGAAAUUUUUUUCUUCUUCACAGAUCGUUCUACAGUGCUUAGGCCCUGAUUAUCAAAACUGACAGGGGAGUUAUGUGAUUGCAUUAUGUUUGGAAAUUGUACUGAUGGCUCUUUCAAAUGUAAAAUAAAACAAGAGAUCCUAUAUGUCAAUAUGCUUGGGUAUGUCUAGCUUUCAGAAGCAUUCAAAUGAAAUGCACAAUCUAACACACUUAUGUAAACUGCUUCCCCAGGAAAGCCUUGUUGACAGAAAUUAUUUCUUUUGAAAAAGUUAAAUUCAUUAUUAGAUAAUUACAUUAUUAGACAAUUACAUAUUGCAGUUUCUUUUCCUGUAGUAGUAUGUAGCUUGCAAAUAGCUUGAUUUUUUCUGUCAUUUUUGUAGUAAUGCUUCUAUGGUAUUCACCUGUUCAUUGAUGCAACCAAAAUACCUGACAAGAA